AUAACAGCAUUUCAUUCUUAAGUUGAAACAUUUCGUUUAUUCAUCUGUGUUAUAAGCAUUAUCCAUAUCUAGACUACUGUAUUUAGAGCUGCAGUAAACAUGAGAGAGUACAGUUAUCUCCUCAAUAUACCAAUGUUCUGUCCUUUGGAUAUAUACUUCAUAUUGGAGUUGUAAGAUCAGACAUUAGUUCUUUUCUGUUGUCUGGAUAAAUGUACAUAAUGUCUAUACUCACUAAAAUACUAUAUUAAUAUUUUCCUUUAGAAUGAAGGAUUUUUGUCUAUGUUGAUCUUUGCUGUAUUUUACCUAGAUGAGUAUCUGACAGUUUUUCCUUUAAGGCUAAGAAAAAUCACCAAGGAUAUGUCUGUGGUUGAGCAAGAUCUAGAUCCAGAUAGUACUACAGGUACAGAAUUUGUUAUAGAUUCUGAAGAAGAACUUAUUAAAGAAUGUGAAGAACUCUGGAAAGAUAUGGAAAAUUGUCAGAAUAAAUGGUCGCUUAUUGGAACUGAGACACUCACUAAUUCAAAUGCACAGCUAUCAUUACUGAUGAUGCAAGUGAAAUGCUUGACUGCUGAAUUCAAGCAAUGGCAGAAUGAAACACCUGAAAUAAUUCCUCUGACUGAUGAUGUUCUAACUACAUUAGGGAAGGAAGAGUUACAAAAAUUGAAACAUGAUCUUGAAAUUAUACUACCCACUAUUCAGUCAAAGAAUAAAAAGUUAAAGGAAGACUUUGCAAGAGAGCAGCAGUGGUUGGAUGAACAGCAACAAAUAAUGGACACACUUACUACAAUCCAAAGUGAACUGGAAAGUCAGAUUGAGGCGCAUUCUAAAUCAAGACUUGAAAUGACUAAUGAGAUGAAAGCUAAAAUACUCACUAUAAAAGAAUUUAAGGAGAAACUCUUGAUUGCCCUGGGUGAAUUUCUUGAAUACUAUUUUCCUCUGCCUGGUGGAAAAACUAAAAGGAAAAAGACAAACGUUGAACCAACUGCACAGCUGAUAACAUUGAAUGAGAUAAUUGAGAUCCUUAUAAAUAGAAUGUUUGAUGUUCCACAUGAUCCCUAUGUCCAAAUUAAUGCUUCCUUUUGGCCACCUUAUAUUGAGCUGCUGCUGCGCAAUGGAAUUGCCUUGAGACAUCCUGAAGAUCCAAACCGAAUAAGAUUAGAAGCCUUUCAUCAGUAAAAGGAUGGUCUCUUUUCAUACUGUAAGGAAUCUUGUUAUCCAAGGAUAAAGGAAACAUUACUGUUUGAAUAAGUCAAUAAUAGCUCAUAGUUAGUAGUUCAUAUUCCUCUUGCUGUUUUAUAAACAAGUUCUUACUGUGUAGCCCAGGCUAGUGUCCAUCUCCAUAUCCUUCAGCAUCCAUUUCUCCAGUGCUGGUUGUGGUGUGUGCUACCACCGAGCAAGGUGGUUGAUCUACUUUAAAACUUAAAUAACGCAAACUGCCAACUAUUCAUUUAUAAAGUGAUAUUUUUUUUUUUACUCAUUCAGUACUUUUAUGUUUUCAACUGCAAGUGAAAAAUAUUGUAGAUUGUUUAUCAAGUGUGUCCUUAAUGUUCUUUGAAAAAUUGUAAAUUUGUGAAGUUGCUAAUAUUUUUCCAGAAUUGUUGUAUUGGAGACUAUUGGCUCAUUCCUACAGGCUGGAUCUGAGGAUUCCAGAUUGAAGCCAGCUUGGGUAGACAAAUUAUUGAAAUCUUUAUUUCCAAUUAAUUAGCAAAAAGUCAGAACUAAAGGCAUGGCUCAAGUAGUGGGGCACCAACUUAAUUGAAAAAGCUUAAGGCCCUGAGUCAAGCUCCAGAAUAUUAUUUAUUGCCCCCCCCCCAAAAAAAAAAUGAAAGGUCAUUUAAUUUGGAGAUUUUUUUCUUAUGGUGCUAGGGAGCAAACCUAGGACCAUGUUAAAGGUAGGCAAGCCCUCAACCAUGUCAGGAGAUAGUCUUAAAAUUGAAAUAUCCAUCCAAUUAGAAAGAUAAUUUAAAAAUAUUGAGCAAAUGUUUCAUAUAUAUUGUUUCUUUUCUAUGUUUGUUAAAAAUUAGAAUAUGGAAAACUAGUGGAUAAGCAAUCUUAUAUUCUGUAUUAAGUACCACUGACAGUAUAUGUUGAUACCCCUCUUGUUUCUGCUAAUUAUUACCAAGAAAAUUGUGAUCAAAACAUUUUGCAAGUUUCUAUAAAUAAAUUUGUUUCUAAAAAUC